AGGUGAUUUCUUGUAUAUUUAAUAAAAUAUCUUUUAUUUACUUAUCGAUGUUAGUUUAGUUCGUAUAGAUUUUUUAAAUAAUAUAUCAAUAUAGUGAUAUAGAUAAAUUAUAUUUACAAGUACAAUAUAUAAAUACGUAUAUUGUUUAUAAUGUAUACAUAUUUUAUCUUUUAUCAAUACGUGAGCUAAAUUAUAUUGCUUAUACAUAUUAAAUUGUAGUUUGGAGACACGAAUGUUAUAGAAAACUCAAUUCUUAAAUAAGUAAAAAAGAAAAUGGAUUCUAAUUAUAAAUUUCAUCGGUCUAAACAUCCAAGGGCCAACGCGAACAUCUUUGAGAUCAUCACGUUUGGUUGGAUGUUGGACAUAUUCAAAAUAUCAUGCAAAAGAGACUUAGAAAUAACUGAUAUGUAUGUACCUUUAAAUGAACACCUGUCAUCAACAUUAGGAAAUGAUUUAGAAAAGAAAUGGGGACUAGAACUAGUUCUUGCAAAAAAUGGAAAACGAAAGCCUAAUUUGUUGAAAGUCUUAAUCAUUUCGUACGGAACUAAAAUUAUGUUUUGUGGAUUAACUCUCGUUAUCAGCGAAAUAAUAAAGAUGUGCCAGCCUAUAUUGAUUGGCAAACUACUGGCAUAUUUCAAUACCAAAGGACAGAAUAAAACUGAUUUAGAACAUGCAUACUUUUACGCCGCUUGGUUAACAAUAAAUAUGUUAAUUUUCAUAGUUUUGUAUCAUUUGACACAAAUAGAUAUGGUUCACUAUGGGAUGAAGAUGCGGAUUGCUUGCUGUUCAGUAAUAUUCAGAAAGGCUACACGAUUAAGUAAUGCAUCGUUAGGUGAAACAUCGGUUGGUCGAGUGAUUAAUUUAUUAUCAAAUGACGUACAGCGGUUUGAUGGAGCACUAUUUUAUCUGCACUAUUUGUGGCUUAGUCCCUUGCAUACAAUAGUCAUAACAUGCUUAUUAUGGCAAGAAAUAGGCGUAUCAUCAAUAUUUGGAGUUGCAAUAUUGAUAACGUUCAUUCCUUUGCAAGUGUGGCUUGGAAAAAAAAUUUCCGAAUUCAGACUAAAGACCGCCAAUAGAACUGAUCAUAGAGUGCAUUUGAUGAACGAAAUAAUUGCAGGUAUUCAAGUUAUUAAAAUGUAUACGUGGGAAAAACCAUUCGAGUAUUUAGUACAAUAUGCAAGAAAGAUGGAAAUGCAACAGAUUCGAGGAUCGUCAUAUAUUAGAGCAGUAUUCUUAUCCUUAAUGGUAUUUCAUACGAGGAUCGCUUUAUUUUUUAGUAUACUUGCAUAUGUCGUACUUGGAAACUAUAUAACCGCCCAAAAAGUGUUUGUUGUAGCAGCAUAUUACAAUAUAUUACGAGUGUCGCUGACAAUAUUUUUUCCCCAUGCCAUUACACAAACAGCUGAAUUAUUAAUGACUAUUAAACGAAUUGAGAAUUUUUUAUCAUACGAAGAAAAAAAUAGUGAAGCGGUAAAUCAUUCAAAAUUGGAAAACAUACCCAAUAAUGGUGGUGAAAAACCUAUCAUUAAUCCUGUAUCAAUUACUACAAAUAAUAACAAUGGCACGCAGCAAUCAAAUAAUUUAAGAAUAAAUAUUUCAAAUGUAACGGCUAAAUGGAUUCAAGAUGAAAUUGAAAACACUUUACGGCGUAUUAAUCUAACAGUAAAAUCUGGUCAACUAGUUGCAGUUAUUGGACCUGUAGGAGCAGGAAAAAGUUCAUUGAUGCAAGCGAUUUUACGAGAAUUACCAUUAUCCGAAGGAAGAAUUUCAGUGCAUGGUGUAAUUUCUUAUGCAUCCCAAGAACCAUGGUUAUUUGUAGGUUCUAUCCAAAAUAAUAUAUUAUUUGGUUCUCCAAUGGAUAAACAUCGUUAUAAACAAGUAAUAAAAGUAUGUGCGUUAAAAAGUGAUUUUGAACAGUUUUCAUAUGGUGAUAAAACAAUUGUUGGAGAAAGAGGAGUAACUCUCAGCGGUGGUCAAAGGGCAAGAAUAAAUUUAGCUAGAGCCAUAUAUAAACAAGCGGAUAUUUAUUUGUUGGACGAUACUCUUUCAGCUGUUGACACACAUGUUGGCAGUCAUUUGUUUGAAAAAUGCAUAAAAGGUUUCCUCAAAGAAAAAACUGUUAUUCUGGUCACACAUCAAUUACAGUACUUAACAAGUGUAGAUAAAAUUGUUGUAAUGGAAAAUGCAAGCAUUUUAUCAGAAGGUACAUAUGAAGAACUUCAAACCUCUAAUUUAGACUUUGCAAAAUUACUACAUUCUUCAGAAGAGAUGAUAUCCGAAACUGAUGAUACACUUAAUGCAAAUAAUAAAAUCGAUCAAAAUUUAAUUUUCGAUCGUCGAGUGUCUGAAGCGAGUGUAACGCCAUCUAUUGAUGAAAGUAAAUUUCAUAAGGAUAAAUUAGAACCCACUGAAGUAGUUGAAACUCGUUCUUCGGGGAAUAUUUCACAUACUGUUUAUUUGUCCUAUUUAUUUUCCGGUGGUAGAAAGUGCAAAAUUUUAUUUUUUAUACUGAUCUGCAUUUUUACCCAAGUAUUUUCGUCUCUUAGUGACUUUUGGAUAAGUUAUUGGGUGAACAUGGAGGAACACGUUUUUUGUAAUGUUCAUCAUUACAUACCUUAUUCGUCUACAGCAGUUUCUGAAAAUGAAUUGAAUACAUUUGAAUGGUGGUCAAUUUCUAGACAAACAUGCAUAACUGUUUUUGCCACCCUAACUUUAAUUAUAAUAAUUUUAGCUGCAAUUAGAUCAGUCUUAUUUGUGUCUGUCCACAUGAAAGCUUCAAUGACUUUACACAACAAUAUGUUUAAUGCUUUAAUUAAGGCAACAAUAUAUUUCUUUAAUACAAAUUCUUCUGGACGUAUUCUUAACCGUUUUUCAAAGGACAUGGGCACUGUUGAUGAAUUAGUACCAAUAGCCUUGAUAGAUUGCAUACACAAUGGAUUAAUGGUUUUGGGAAUACUAGUCGUUAUUGGAAUUGUUAACGUAUAUAUGAUAAUAGCCGCCAUCGUUUUGAUUUUUGUCUUUUACAAAGUAAUGAUUUGUUAUUUAUCGUUAUCACGCAGUAUUAAACGGUUAGACGGAACUACACGAAGCCCCGUAUUUACACAUUUGAAUGCGACUUUACAAGGUCUAACAACAAUUAGAGCUUUUAAAGCAGAACAAAUACUGACAAGAGAAUUCGAUAGCCACCAAGACUUACAUUCUUCAGUUUGGUAUUUAUUUAUAACAGCAAGUAGAGGUUUUGGACUUUGGUUAGACAUUAUUUGUCUUGUAUACGUAAGCGCAGUUACAUUCAGUUUCGUUACAAUUGGCAAUGAUGUAUUUGGAGGAAAUGUCGGUCUUGCCAUUUCUCAAGCUUUUGCAUUACAAGGAACGCUGCAGUGGGGUUUGAGACAAGCGGCAGAAUUAGAGAACAAUAUGACAGCUGUUGAAAGAGUAUUAGAAUAUACAAAUGUUACACAAGAAGAUGCUCUUGAAUCAAAAGAAAAAAAACAAUUUCCCAAAUGGCCUUCAAAAGGACAAAUUAUAUUCAAAAAUUUUUAUCUGCGAUAUGGUCCAGAUCCAGUAUAUGUUUUAAAUAACCUUAACAUAACUAUAGAAUCAAUGCAAAAGAUUGGUAUAGUUGGCAGGACUGGAGCAGGAAAAUCUUCUUUAAUUUCAGCCUUAUAUAGAUUAGCUUAUAAUGAAGGUAAAAUCAUUAUUGAUGGUAUUGAUAUUCAUGAACUUGGAUUAAACGAGUUGAGGUCUAACCUGUCUAUAAUUCCUCAAAAACCAGUCUUGUUUUCGGGAACUAUGCGAAAAAAUUUAGAUCCAUUUAAUGAAUACUCUGAUCAUGUACUUUGGAAUGCAUUAGAUGAAGUUGAACUUAAAAACGUUAUUGAAGACUUACCUGAUGCUCUUAACACAAAAAUGUAUGAAAAUGGUUCCAAUUUUAGUGUUGGUCAGAGACAAUUAGUAUGUCUUGCUAGAGCUAUAAUCCGAAACAAUAAAAUACUCAUCUUGGACGAAGCCACAGCUAAUAUCGAUCCAAAGACAGAUGAAAUGAUUCAAAAGACCAUCAGAAUUAAAUUCCGAACAUGUACUGUCUUAACAAUUGCUCAUCGGUUGAACACUGUUAUUGAUUCGGAUAAAGUGCUUGUUAUGGAUGCAGGAACAGUGGUCGAAUUUGACCAUCCACAUAAUUUAUUGAAAAAUAAAAAAGGAGUUUUUUACAAAAUGGUAGAACAAACGGGACCGGAUACUACUGAUUUAUUACAUAGAUUAGCCGCUGAGAGUUAUCAUUCUGUAACAUUCAAAUCAUUUGUCAACAAUGAAGAUAAUGAAAGCAUGUCAAGGAAAAAUAUAUAAUUACCCUCUUGUUAUGUUACAUAGUAUUACUUAUUAACCAUAAAGUAGUAUAGCUUAAAAUUAUAGCAUUUAUUGUUAUAAACAUUAGCUUACUAACGAAAUGUGUUUUAGGCAAAUUAUGUAUGACUUCGUUUUAUAUUAUUAUUAUUAUUUUAAUUUUUAAUUCAUUUUAACUAAUAAGCAUAAUAUCAAAUUGUUAUCAAUCAAUACAAAAAUCUUUUCUUUUUUUUA